AUGUCCAUCAUGUCAUUCAUCCUGCCGCUGGCUCUUCUCAUAUCCGGCGCCGUGUCAUCGAUCUUGCCUCGCCAAGGGGCAUCAUGUAGCACACUCCCAGCCGGGUAUUCGCCGCAGCAGUACGCCAAACUUCCUGACCCAUUCACCUUCGUUAAUGGCACCAAAGUCACGACUCAAAGUCAGUGGGCCUGCCGCCAGCAGGAGAUUAGCCAGCUAUUCCAGGAAUUUGAGUUGGGAGUGAAGCCACCGAAGCCAGCUUCUGUCACUUCAACCUUGUCCUCCAACACCUUGACCAUCACAGCGCAAGACAGUGGAAAGUCGAUCUCCAUCUCGGUCUCCAUCGCGUACCCGUCCUCAGGCACCGCCCCAUACCCUGCCAUCAUUGCAUAUGGCUACCCUAGCAUCCCCAUUCCUGCUGGAGUGGCCACCAUCACUUUCAACAACGACGACGUUGCUGUCCAGCAAAGCACGGGAAGCCGGGGUCAAGGCAAGUUCUACGACUUGUACGGAAGCAGCCACAGUGCGGGUGCCAUGACGGCCUGGGCCUGGGGAGUCAGUCGCAUCAUUGACGCUUUGGAGGCCAACAGCGGUGCAAAGAUCGAUGUCACCAGGAUUGGAGUAACGGGCUGCUCCCGAAAUGGCAAGGGCGCUUUUGUUGCAGGUGCCCUGGACAGUCGUGUCGCCUUGACAAUCCCUCAGGAGUCCGGCGCCGGCGGAGCGGCUUGCUGGCGCAUCUCAGACCAGCAGCAGGCCGCCGGCAAGAACAUUCAGACCGCGUCAGAGAUUGUCGGCGAGAAUGUCUGGUUCUCGGAGACGUUCGAGCAGUACAGCAACCGCAUUCCAUCCCUCCCUGAGGACCACCACAUGCUCGCCGCCUUGGUUGCCCCUCGCGGCCUGCUCGUCAUUGAAAAUGACAUCGACUGGCUCGGUCCAGUUAGUACCACAGGGUGUAUGAAGGUUGGCCGUCUCAUCUACAAUGCGGCCGGUGCUCCCGAUGCCAUGGGCUUUUCUCUUGUCGGUGGGCACAAUCACUGCUCAUUCCCAUCGUCACAACAGCCCGAGCUAUCGGCGUACAUCGACAAGUACAUGCUAAAAGGCUCCUCUAGCACAGCCGGCAUUGAGAAGAGCAAUCAGGAUGUCAACACCGCGGACUGGGUGGAUUGGACAUUCCCUACUCUGUCUUGA